AUGGGGAACUCGUAUGCAGGCCAGUUGAGGACCACACGUUUUGAGGAGGUGCUUCAUAACUCCAUCGAGGCUUCUCUCCGCUCCAACACUGUGGUGCCACGGCCUGUCUUCUCACAACUCUACCUGGAGGCAAAGCAGCCAACCCUGCACAAUGUAGGCCGGGUAGAGAAUGAGGAUGAGGAGGAGGAAGAUGGCUCAGAGUCCAACAGCCCUCCCGUCCCGUACAAGAUGAAGCCCCCGCCAGAGGGAUGCAGCACCACGGACGGAUUCUGCCAGGCGGGUAGAGACCUGCGUCUAUCCUCCCUGGUGUCAGAGCCUCAAGACGUGCCCCCAGGAUUCCUGCUGGUAGGGGCCCUGUCUGCAGGCGCACCAGACACCCUGCUGGUGUGUGCAGUCGACCGCAGGUUCCUGCCCGAUGAACGGGGAUGCAACGCACUGCUGGGGUUCUCGGGGAACUGUAUGGGUUGUGGAGAGAAGGGUUUUCGCUACUUCACAGAAUUCUCCAACCACAUCAACCUGAAGUUGAGCACCCAGCCCAAGAAACAGAAGCACUUAAAGUACCAUCUGUACAGGAACAACCAGGGACAGCUGGUCAGAGGGGCUGCUAUCUGCUGGAAUAGCCUCGAGAGCAGAGGGAGACAGACAGCACCUAACGCCUCUGACGGGCAUGUAACCUCAGACGAUCACUACCCCAACCCAGCAGUCACCGCUCACCCUGCACACACACCCGGGAACUACACAGCCGGCGCCCCUGUAGAACCCAUUGCCCCCCCUCCCCUGGGCAACGGGAGCCACAUCCCCCUAUCCCAGAAUCCUCUGCCCCAGACUGCCAUACUGUCGAAAGGACCGGGGAGACCCACAGUUAUAGGUACACUCAAUACGGGACCACCUAAAAAGAGACACAAAGGCUGGUCCCCUGAGUCUUCUGCUGGGGCUGAGUCUGCUGUGAAGACCCCCCCAUCUUCCUCCUCCUCUUCCUCAUCACUCAACAAUUGGACCAAACCAGACAAUGCCUCUCCAGUGAGUCUGUCCCAGGGGUCCUCCAACUCCCCCUCUCCUCCCGGGCCGUCUGUCACAGUGCCUGAUCAGCUGCUACACACCUGCAGACUCCAGCCAGUCAUCUUCAGAGGUCAUGGCAGCCUACCUCGGCUGAGUGGUAAGGUGUCUGAUGUGCAGGUUAGUUCCCUGCUCCAGAGCUGCUAUCAGAACUGCCAGGCCCUGCCCAGGGUCUACCAACACUACGGACCCUCUCCCAUACAGCCCCUGUCUGUAGAGAUGCAGAUACUACUCACUGUAUACUACCUGGUGCAACUAGGCCCAGACCAGGUCCUGCUGAUUGAGGACCUGGAGCAGAUCUUCAUGCGUUCCUGGAGAGAGUCCCACCUCAGUGAGAUCCGCCAGUACCAGCAGCCCCCUCCCUACACCCUGCCUGGGCUUCCACUGUCCCAGGCCCAGCUCCUCACCCCCUCCCAGCUGCCUUGGCUGGCCAACCUGGCAGCCUCGUCAUGUGGGGAGGGAGUGGUGGUUCUGGGGGAGAAGGCCUCGAUGGCUCUGGGGCUGGCUGACACCUUCAGUAGGCUGAUGGAGGGACAGCUGGCUCAUACCAACUAUGUGGUCAUCAUCUGUACAGCCAAGGGACAGGAGACAGAGUCCUGCAUGGUGGUGACAGGUGAUGUAGAUGUGUUGCUGGAGAGUGCUGCAGUGGAGAGCAGGAGCCAACUGACCCCCCUGUCCAUCAGUCAGGAGUGUACAGGAGACAGCAGGCCUGUAGACAGACAGACGGACAGAGCUACAGGCCUCCCCAAAGAGCCAGCCAGAGACACACACACAGACAGAGCAGAGAGCCCCAAGGACUCCUGCUCAGAGUACCGUGUGGAGUGGCGGGAGGUACGGCCCAUCCAGUUGGUGGUAGCCAGGAAGCUGCUGUCCCAUGUGUGUGCCAUCGCUGACUCCAGCACUCAGAACCUGGACCUGGGCUCCUUCGACAGGGUCGACUUCCUCAUCUGUGUCCCCCCUUCUGAGGUCACCUUCCAACAGACUGUACUGCAUCUCUGGAACUCAGGUGUCCUACAGAAUCUGGGGUUGGAGCAAGACUGUCUGUCUCAGAGAGAGGCAGAGCGCUAUGUGGUGAAGAUGGACCAGGAGGCCAGGGUGCGCAUUGAUGACCUCAUACAGGAAGCAAACAGGAACCCCAACACACUCUUCAUUCUGGUUCAUGACCACGCUCACUGGGACAUCAGCAGGUUUGUGUGUUUGCGUGAGUACUCCAGUGGUGACUCCGGCAGUGGGUUGGUGGAUAGCCUGCUCAACUCCUGUCAGAUCAGAGACGCCAACAACAUCCUGACUCUCCACGUCACCUCGUUCCCCUUUGCCCUGCAGACACAACACACACGCAUCAGCCCUUACAACGAGAUACACUGGCCCUCUGCUUUCAAUAAUGAAGUGGAUCUGUACCUUGAGAAGACACAGUACUUUGGUGUGUGUGAGCUGCUAGACUCGACUCGUUCAGGCAGCGGUCUGCCUCUCCUCCGCUACGACAGCUCCUUCGAAAGCGUGGCCUCUGUCCUGGAGGAGAGGUUCCCCAAGCUACACAGUGCAGUGAUCCGGACCCAGGUUUUAAUACAACACUACUGUGUGGCCAUGAUGGCCGUGUCGGGUCGGUCUGGCUCAGGGGGGCGAAGCCAACAUAAACACACCUCCGUCGAGACGCUGGAGAUCGUCCAGAGCCUGCUUAGCUCCGCCCAGCGAUGCCCCUCCCACCACGGUCACAUGGUGCUGCUACGGCUCCCCUCAUUGGCACUGGCAAGGUGGGCCCACCAACGGCUGGUGCGGAUCAGACAGAGACUGGGGCUGGGGGAGCGCUUUGAGAUCAUCCUGGGAAACCCCAGCCAAACCCUCAGCAUAGGACAGAGCUUCACUGAGCGCAUCAAGACAUGGCUGAAGAUCCAGGAGACAGACUGGGUUCCUCGUACCUACCUGGAGCUAGAGGCCCUGCCCUGCAUCCUCAUCCUCUCUGGGGCAGACCCCCUGGGAGAGUCCCUACCCAGAUCACUGAAGUACUGUGAUCUGCGUGUGAUAAGCUCCUCCUACCUGCAGCGCACGGCAUUGGAGCAGGAGCUAGGAUUGGCGGCCUACCUGGUGAGGGUGGAGUCCCAGGGGUCACAAUCCCACGGCCACGCCCCCGGCCUGGGCAGUGACCUAUCAGAGAGCGACUCAGACAAACUCAACAGCACCGACAACGAGGAGGAGGGGGGAGAGAACACUCUGAAAUCUGACCUCCCUGGCCUUGGUCACACCGCUCCCUCUGUCCCUCACCCUCCCUCAGUUCUCCAGCCCCCCCGAACCUUCCCCGACAGCAUUGCUGCGGACCCCCUCCAUCCCCACACCACCCCCCCAGCCCCUCACCGCCCCCCCAACACCCAGCGCCGGCCCUCCAAGUCCACUUCCUUAGAUUCCUCCUCCCCCCUACCCCCCUCUCUCCUUCAGGGCUGCUCCUGGGCACGAGGGGUGAGCCGCCCCCCUUCCCUGCUGCUGCCCCGGGGACUCUAUGACAUCAUCAAGGCAUGCGACGGGAGCGGGCUGCCUCGCUGCACCUCCUUCUUACCACACCGGUCUGUGACCUGGGCCAGCUCCUUCAGACCUCUGCUAAGUAAGAUGAUGACGUGUACAGAACAGUCUCUGUAUUACCGCCAGUGGACCAUCCCACGGCCUCACCACAUGGACAGCAGCAACCGCCCUGCAAAGGGGCGCACAGACAACUUCCAUCCCCGCAGACUGCUGCUCAGUGGACCCCCACAGGUGGGGAAGACAGGGGCGUACCUCCAGUUUUUGGGCAUCCUGUCUCGUAUGCUGAUCAGACUGAUGGAGGUGGACAUCUAUGAUGAGGAAGAUAUCAACUUCAGUGGUCAGCUGGAGCGUGUCCAGUACCGGCCAACCUGUGCCUCCUGGCCAGUCACAGACACACUGAGGGGCAUGCCGUUUGACUACACCGUCCACCACCCCAAAUAUGAAGACAUCAGCACUGUUUACUGCCCUGACUACUACCCCAACACUGAUGGAAUCCCCAGACGUCAGGAGGACGUGUAUCUGCGGAGGCGUACGGCCAGAAUCAAACUGUCUAAAUACGCAGCCUACAACACCUACCACCACUGUGAACAGUGUCACCAGUACAUGGCUUUCAACCCCGGAUACCAGAUGUAUGAGUCGACCCUGCAUGCCUUCACCUUCUCCCACCUGCUGCUGGGGGAGGAGAUCCAGCUCUACUUCAUCAUCCCCAAGUCUAAACAACACCACUUCAGCUUCAGCCAACCAGGAGGCCAACUAGAGAGCAUGAGACUGCCCCUCGCCUCCGAUUGGAACCCAGACUGUAUCAAGAGUCCCAUCUUCACCCCAACAACAGGUCGUCAUGAGCAUGGCCUUUUCAACCUGUACCACGCCAUGGAUGGGGCGGCCCACCUCCACAUCCUGGUCAUCAAGGAGUAUGAGAUGGCUGUCUAUAAGAAGUACUGGCCCAACCACAUUAUGCUGGUGCUGCCCACCAUCUUCAAUGGAGCCGGGCUCGGUGCGGCCCACUUCCUGAUCAAGGAGCUGUCCUACAACAACCUGGAGCUGGAACGCAGCCGCAGGGUGGAGGGAGGAGGGCCGCCAGCCGACGUCUGGCCCUUCAUCAUCCUCUCUGACGACUCCUGCGUCAUGUGGAACGCUGUGGACCUGGACUCACACAGUACCUCAGGCCCUGUAGAGAGGAGUGUGUCUCUGAAACAGGUGCUGCAGCACAUGGAGGCGUGUCCUGACCUCACACAGUUUGGCCUCUGUGGGAUCAGGAAGUGGAGCAGUCACUCCCCAGGUCAGGGUCAGGGGUCAGGGGGAGGAGCUUGUCACAGAGAGCCUUUCUCCAGAGGACACCUCCACGACUUCCUGCUUCUAAACGUGGACCUGACCCAGGGCAUCCAGUUCAACCAGAACAGGUUUACGUGUGAUGAUGUGGACUUCACCCUGCGAGUCCACAGUGCUGGUCUGCUCAUCUGUCGUUUCAACAACUUCAGUGUGAUGAAGAAACAGAUCUCUAUUGGAGGAUACCACACCUUCAUCAUCAAGAACAAGAUGACUGACGUCCCCACCUCGGUCCAGCCGUCUCAGUAUAUCUGUGCCCCGGACAGCAAGCAUCCAUUCCUGGCCACGCCUGCACAGCUACUGCUGGAGAAAUACCUGCAACACUCUAGCCUGUUCCCCCUUAGCACAUGCAACUACACACACCCCAUACUGUCUGUAGACUGCUACCUCAACCUGGGGCCGGAGGUGACGGUGUGUUUUGUGAGUUCCAGACCUCGCUCCAUCAACAUCUGUACUACAGGGCUGCUGUUCAGCGGCCUGCUGCUCUGCUUCUGGGAUUCCUUCGUCACGCCAGGAUUCCUAAAGAACUUUCACUUCCUCAAAGGGGCGGUUCUGUGUGUGAUAUGUGCUGACCGUAGCUCUCUGAGACAGACAGUGGUGAGGCUGGAGCUCGAGGACGAGUGGAGGUUCCGGCUGAGUGACGAGUUCCAGACAGCCAACGCUAAAGAGGACCGGCCCCUCUUCUUCCUCACAGGGAAACAUAUAUGAACCCCCCUACUCCUAAACCCAUGAAUCUCAACCCGUACCCCUCAUCUUGAACCCUGCUGUAGGUUCAAAACAGAAAGCCAAAAACUGUCUGUACUCUUCUGGUGGAUCAAGCCAAUAACCCAUGCAGAGAGUAGCUGCUAGUGAAUAUAGCUAUGAGUCUGCGACUGGUAUGGCUCUGUUUACUGUAGCAUUGCUGUGGUAUUUACUACAAUACUACAAUACUCCAAUCAGCCCUCCACCUCUCUGUUGUGAUUUGUUACACGUCAUCAUUCCACAGUGCAUGCCACCAUUCUUAUUGUAGUUAAUGAGGUAUCGUUUUUUUAAAGAUAUUUUUUGUGAUAUACAAUGAUUA